AUGUACGAAGAUCCACAACUCUUCCAAGUGAAUGUCACACUUGACGCCAACAAUGCUCGCAAAGAUCCACUUGUCACUACCGAGCCCAUCGAAGAAGGUGUAAAACAAGCGACAGUUUUGAAUCAUUUGGUAUGUGGGAAAAAUAAAUACAAUCAAGGAGCAGUCUAUCAAGUUUUACUUACUCGUGCGAACGAUCCAAGAGACAUUGCAGAUCUUUACCAUCAACUUGGAUCAACUCGAGAUCAAGAAGACAAAUUCGAGGAAGCCAUUCACUUUUACCAAAAAGCAUUAGAAAUUGAUCGAGAAGAUCCUCAUCCUGAUUUUCUCAAUCUGGCUGCGUCGUACAAUAAUCUCGGAAUGGUCCUCGGGAAACUAGGUAGAUUCGAAGACGCAUUACAUUAUUUCGAAAAAUCUCUCUUCAUCAAACUACAGAUUCUCCCUUUGAAUCGUCUCGAACUAUGCAGUUCCUACAACAAUAUCGGCAUUGUCUAUCGUAAUAUCGGUCAUCAUUCGAAAGCGUUGUUCUACUAUGAAAAAGCACUCGAAAUACAACUACAGUCGCUUCCUUCCGAUCAUCUCGAUCUCUCAAUGUCAUAUAACAAUAUCGCUGCUGUCUACCUGAAAAUGGGCGAUUAUACCAAAGCAGUUUCGUACUAUGACAAAUCGCUUGAAAUCAAACAACAAUCCUUACCGAGAGACCAUCCUGAUUUGAGUAUGCUAUACAAUAAUAUUGGUAUAUCAUACCGUCAUAUGGGUAAUUACACAAAAGCUCUCAGUUAUUACAAACGCGUUCUGGAAAUUCAACAAACGCUCCGGACAAAUCACCCGAAUUUAGCUAUUUCUCACAAUAACAUCGGCGCACUCUACGAAAAAAUGGGUGAUUAUUCACGAGCACGUGCGUGCUAUAGACUCGCUUUCGAUAUUGCCCAACAGUCAUUACCAGCAACGCAUGCACAUUUUCGAUUGUACAAAAAGAACUUCGAUCGACUGAAAGAUGAACUAUGA